UCUCUGAUUGGCAGAGCCGAGUCAGCGCCCAUUGAUGUCACAAGCUGUGUGGCAUGGUUGUGUGGAAGCCCGGCACACCCGGCAGCGUGUAGUGGAGAGGUCGGCCGAUCAGUCAUCUCGGGUCACACUACAAGGAGAAUGGCUGCCUCCAAUAGAAUCGCCCUGGGGCCACUAGUGGGGGCCAUCGAUCAGGGCACGGGGUCCACCCGCUUCUUGGUCUUUAACGCCAAAACGGCUGAGCUGCUUAGUCACCAUCAAGUGGAAAUUAAACAGAAGUUUCCAAAAGAAGGAUGGGUGGAGCAGGAUCCAAAGGAGAUUUUGCAGUCUGUGUAUGAAUGUGUAGAAAAAACCUGUGAAAAACUAGCUCAGCUAAGCAUAGAAAUCACCAACAUCAAAGCAAUUGGCGUAAGUAAUCAGAGAGAAACAACUGUUGUGUGGGACAAAACAACCGGAGAACCCCUAUAUAAUGCUAUUGUUUGGCUUGAUCUGAGGACCCAGUCAACGGUUGAUAGGUUGUUGAAGAAAAUUCCAGGAAGGAACAAGAAUUUUUUCAAGAAUCGAACUGGGCUUCCUCUGAGCACCUAUUUCAGUGCAGUAAAACUACGGUGGCUGUUGGACAAUGUGGAAGAAAUCAGACAUGCGGUGGAAGAAGGCAGAGCCAUGUUUGGUACUGUGGACUCCUGGAUUAUCUGGAGUCUUACUGGAGGGAAGAAUGGUGGUGUGCACUGUACAGAUGUGACCAAUGCAAGCAGAACUAUGCUGUUCAAUAUCAACACUCUGGAGUGGGAUGUAGAGCUCUGCCAGUUUUUUGAUGUUCCCAUGAGUUUGCUGCCAAAAGUGAGAAGUAGUUCUGAAAUCUACGGACUAAUGAAAAUCUGUCCUAGCCUGAAAUCUGGAGCCUUGACUGGUGUUCCAAUAUCUGGGUGUCUCGGGGACCAAUCUGCUGCACUGGUUGGACAAAUGUGCUUUCAAGAUGGACAAGCAAAAAACACAUACGGUACUGGUUGUUUCUUGCUGUGUAAUACAGGGCCGAAGCCUGUUCUAUCUGAUCAUGGCUUGUUGACCACUGUGGCUUACCAGCUUGGCAGAGACAAGCCUGCUUGUUAUGCGCUUGAGGGCUCCGUUGCCAUAGCUGGAGCUGUGGUGCGGUGGCUAAGAGAUAACCUUGGCAUUGUUAAGACGACAGAGGAAGUAGAGAGACUUGCUGCUGAAGUUGGAACAUCAUAUGGCUGCUACUUUGUUCCAGCAUUCUCAGGCCUCUAUGCACCAUACUGGGAACCAAGUGCCAGGGGAAUAAUCUGCGGUCUCACUCAGUUCACGAAUAAGAACCACAUAGCAUUUGCUGCUCUUGAAGCUGUUUGUUUUCAGACCAGAGAGAUUCUAGAUGCAAUGAACCAAGACACUGGAAUUCCUCUAAGCCAGCUACAAGUUGAUGGGGGCAUGACUAACAAUAAGAUCCUUAUGCAAUUACAGGCCGAUAUCCUAUGUAUUCCUGUGGUAAAACCUUCAAUGCCUGAAACAACCGCAUUAGGAGCUGCCAUGGCUGCAGGAGCAGCUGAAGGAGUGGGUGUCUGGAGUCUUGACCCCAGUGACUUGACUGCAGUGACUUGUGAACGCUUUGAGCCACAGAUUAAUCCAGAAGAAAGUGAAUAUCGCUAUGCUCGAUGGAAAAAGGCAGUUAAGAAAUCAAUGGAUUGGGAAAGCUCAGAACCUACAACCAAUGGAAAAGGUGAAGCUAGUAUCUUCACUAGUCUUCCUUUGGGCUUUUAUAUAGUCAGUAGCAUGGUAAUGUUAAUUGGAGCAAAGUAUAUAAGUGCUUGACAAAUGAUUUCUGCAAAUCAAGUGUUGGUGCUGAUUUUAGAGCCUUAGCUUGCCAACAAGAGGAAAUAUUAUUUUGGUGAACUUUCCACCUGUCCCAGAAUACUUUCCACCUAUCUUUAUUUUAUUUGACAUUCUUCCUGCUGCUUAACUGCUGUACCAGCAGGCAUAAGACUUUUCCGCUGAAUGGCCUGCAAUCUAAUUUAUGUGAAGGUUAUGCUACUGAGACCUACUUUUACCAAGAGUAUACAGAGGAAAUCUUUAUCAUUAUGAUGACAAUGAAGGGAAUGCUAACCUCAGUCAUUGCUAUGACCGGACUUCUGAGGACAUAUUUGCACUUAGAGAUUCAUAGUAAUAAAAAUCCUCGGGAAUUCUUCUUGUAACAUUUUGAAUGACUGAACAGGGAAAUUUGUACAGAUAUUUUUUGAUGAAACCGUAAUUGCUGAAUGUUAAGUUAAAAUAACUGGUAGUUUUCAAAUCCAGCAAAGACAAUUAGAAGUGAGUUUUGUUAUAAAUUGUCAAUUCUAAGUCACUUAAACAUUAAUUGUGCCUUUGCAUUUCCAGGCUUGUUUAUAUUUAAAGUUCUUGCAUACAUAAUUGUUUUUGUUAUGGUUCUUAAUGUAUUUCUCACAGUUGGGUGUAGAAUUUUAAUUAACAGUGCCAUCAGUUGUUUUGCUAAAAUGGGGGGAAAAAACGAAAUUAAUUCUUAAAGGUUUCUUAUAAAGCAAGCUGCUUCGAUGUUUUAGGUACUUGAAAGGAAUUUUCUCUUUAAUUGAAUAAUAUAAUAGUAUUAAUGAUCCAUUUUAUAGCAAUGGAAUGGCGAUACUAGUUCACCUGCAAGUUCAUUAAACUAGUGUCACCUGUUAAUACACCAAGUCAAGAAGUGCAUUUCUGUCAACAUUGGUAAACGUGAGCAUUAAAUUCAUACACAGGUGUCAAGUUGCUACCAAUAGCUACUUUUUGGCACAUCCGAGUGUUGCCUUCA